ACAACCUGCUCCUUUAACUCGGCAGCUGAUUGGACCUGAUUGUAAACCGCCCAGAGAGCUGGGUCCUGAACCUUAAAAAGGGGUGAAUUCUUCUGCAAUCAGCCUGGACUUUUCCCUUUGGACUCAUGGCGGUCACAGUCUCCAUUCUCCAGCUGGCCGUCUCUGUCACUGUAUUCCCCAUCUUUCUACUCCACUUCUUGGGCCUAUGGGAAUGGAUAUGCAAGAAGAUCUUUCCUUACUUCAUGGUGCAGUUCACUGAAAGCUACAACAGAGAGAUGGCUGCCAAGAAGCAGGAGCUCUUUAGCAACCUUCAGGAGUUUGCUGGAUCCUCGGGGAAGGUGGCCUUGAUAGAGGUUGGCUGCGGCUCGGGCGCUAACUUUAAAUUCUACCCUCCCGGCUGCAGGAUCACCUGUGUUGACCCCAACCCCAACUUUGAGAAGUUCCUGAUCAAAAGCAUUGCUGGAAACCGACACCUACAGUUUGAACGCUUCCUAGUGGUUCCAGGGGAAGACAUGCACCAAAUAGAAGACAACUCCAUGGAUGUGGUGGUCUGCACCCUGGUCCUGUGCUCUGUACAGGAGCAGGAGAAGUUCAUCAAAGAGGUGCACAGAGUGCUGAGGCCGGGAGGUGCUUUUUAUUUCAUUGAACACGUGGCAGAUGAACCGUCCAGCUGGAAUUUCUUCUGGCAACAAGUCCUCCGGCCAACAUGGCAGCUAAUGUUUGAUGGUUGCGACUUGACCAAAGAGACCUGGAAAGCCCUGGAGCAGGGCAGCUUCUCCAAGCUGAAUCUGCAGCACCUGCAGGCGCCCCUCCCCUGGAAGAUGGUCCGGCCUCACAUCAUUGGAUAUGCCACGAAAUAAUGUGGGAGGGUCGGGAAGACGGGGAGGGUCUGGGAGGAGUUUCCUGUUCUUUUAAAACUAAAUAUAAAAACAUUGUGGGUAAGGGGAAGAAGGGAAGGGAAGGGAAGGGAAGGGACGGCUAUUCUCUCUUUCAUACUGAAAGGAGGGGAGGGCAGAAUGGGAAAAGAUGCUCUGUUAUAUUAUAUAUUCCUAAUUCCUGAUCUUCUGGGGGGAAAAAAACAUGAAAAAAAAAUGCAACCCAGCUCUCAGCUAUCCAGGAUGAUUAGGAAAUAUUUAUUGUGAAAUACCCAGAUAAUCUCAAAAUCACAUUCUAUUCAGCACCUUCGACUUUUCCAACAAUAUGACAUCUUACUGCAGUUGUUAACAAAGGGUGAGGUUGAAAUGGACUUGGCACCCAGCCCUCCCCCACACACACUCCCUUGCUACUAAUAAUGUCCAAAUUUGGGCAGUAGAAAGGAAGAGAAGCUAACUUGGUAAUCUACAUAGCCAAACACGGAGGUCCUAAUAAUUGAAUUUAUAAGGCACAACAAAUUCCCAAAAAGAGAUUAUCAGGAUUCAGUUUCAGGAGGAGGAUUUUUUGAGCCUGGUCUUCUGGGUGCCGUGAUUCAUUUUGCUCAAAGAGGUCUUUUCCACCUCUUGAGUUCCAUUGGUUUUUAUUUGUACGUAUGUCUAACACUGGUCUCAGCUUAUUCCAAGCAUACAUAAACACAAAGCUGUAUUUUAUUAUGUGGGAUAAAGUGCCCUAUAUUUAAGCACUAGAUUGCAAAUGCUUGAGUAAAUAAGAGCACACAAGGAGACAGCAGAGCUCUGAAUGUGGAAUUGGUGGAUUUGAAUUUGAAUCAUGACUCUGCAUGUCCCUGGACAAAUCCCUUAGUCUCUCUGGGACUUAUUUUCCUCAUCUGUAAAAUGAGUAGGUUGAAUUUAGAUGACCUCAAAGGCCCCUUCUAGCUUUAAAUCCUAGAGCCUAAAAGAUUAUAAAAUGUGUGUCGCAUAUAAUUUUGUUUGAUCUGGUAGCAAACCCUGGGAGGUAUAUUAUUAUCCUCAUUUUACAAGUGAGGCUCAGAAAAAUCAAUCCAGUGACUUGCCCAAGUUACAUAACUUAUCCAACAUUCACACACAUAUGGCUAUAUUGGAUAAACUCAUAUAACUUUCAUGUAAACUUUGUGUAUAUGUAUAUAUUUGUAUAAAUGUAUGUAUUUGCUUUCUUUACAUAUACACAUGUGUUUAUGUGUGUUUUAUAUAUGCCUAUAUAUGCUUUAUGUCUACAUAUAUAAAGUUUACAUCCAAGUUAUAUAAAUUUAUCCAACUGAUAAAGAGCAGAG